AUGCCAGAUAUUUCUCCACGUAUACUCUUUAGCUUCUUUUUAAGAUUACUUGGUAUUGAAUCGCUCUGAGAUCUUCCAUGUUGUCCUACCGUAUUGAUUCCAAAAUGUGUACCUUUUGAAAUAAAUGAAAAUGGGAUCAGAAAAAUAAACUGAAUACAUGGAAAAAGUUUUUCUGUUUUAAUGAAGAAAAUGAAUGAUCAGUGCUUUCAAUGCUCAAAAAGAAAAGACAGAUUUGAAUUUGAAGAUGGAUUCUUUGGAUAUUCUGAAGCUAAAAAAAUUAUUCAAGAAGAAUUCUGAUUUCUAUAUGAUCAAUCAAGCGAUCAAAAUACAUUUUUCAGAGAAUAUUAUAGCAAUAUAUCAUAA